GCGUCGGCCCGUCAGGCGGCGCGGCGGGCUGCCCGGACGGGAGGCUCUCGCGCGGCCCCAGCAUGGCGGCAGCCGUGCGCGCUGCGAGCCGCUUCUCCGCGCUGUGCGGCGCGCGGACGGGUCAUCUCCGGGCCCAACAUCUUACCCUAAACACCUUUCCAGCAUCUUCUGCUUUGACAUUGAAGCCUAUUCUCAGCAAUGGCCUUUGGACAUCGCCAGGAACCAGAGACAACCAUCUUCUCUCAGGCUUGGCCCACGCGUUGCAGACACAGUGCUGUGUUUCUUCUCCUGGAAACUUGAUAGGCCAGCAGCGUCGAUCCUAUAGCUUCUUCACCAAAUUGACAGCAGAUGAGCUGUGGAAAGGUGCAUUAGCUGAGACCGGUGCUGGAGCAAGAAAAGGAAGAGGCAAAAGAACUAAGAAAAAGAGGAGAAAGGAUUUGAACCGAGGUCAAAUAAUUGGUGAAGGGCGUCAUGGCUUCCUAUGGCCUGGUCUGAAUGUCCCUCUGAUGAGAAAUGGAGCUAUGCAGACCAUAGCCCAGAGAAGCAAGGAAGAGCAGGAGAAGGUGGAGGCCAACAUGGUCCAGCAAAGAGAAGAGUGGGACCGGAAGAGGAAAAUGAAGGUUAAACGGGAGCGAGGAUGGAGCGGAAACCAGUGGGGAGGCGUCAGUCUUGGCCCCCCUGAUCCUGGUCCCAAUGGAGAAACAUACGAGGAUUUUGAUACCAGGAUCCUAGAGGUAAGAAACGUUUUCAAUAUGACUGCGAAAGAAGGAAGAAAGAAAUCUGUUCGGGUCCUAGUCGUUGUGGGCAAUGGCCGGGGAGCCGCAGGUUUUGCCAUUGGGAAAGCCACUGACCGGAUAGACGCUUUCAGAAAAGCAAAGAACAGAGCGGUCCACUAUUUGCAUUUCAUAGAACGAUAUGAAGACCAUACAAUAUACCAUGAUGUUUCUUUAACAUUUAAACGGACGCAUAUCAAGAUGAAGAAGAAACCCAAAGGCUAUGGCCUCCGUUGCCACCGGGCCAUCAUCACCAUGUGCCGGCUCAUCGGCAUCAAGGACAUGUACGCCAAGAUCUCCGGCUCCACCAACAUGCUCAACCUCACCCGCGGCUUCUUCCACGGACUCUCCCGCCAGGAGACCCAUCAACAGCUGGCUGAUAAGAAGAGACUCCAUGUGGUGGAGUUCCGGGAGGAGUGUGGCCCUCUGCCCAUUGUGGUCGCCUCUCCCCACGGGGCUCUGAGCAAGGACCCAGAGCCUGAAGAUGACGUUCCCAACAUCAGGCUGGACUGGGAGGACGUGAAGGCCUCACAGCGAAUGAAGCAUUCCGUGUGGUCAGGGUUAAAGAGAGCUGCUACCUGAGCUGCCCACUGGCCAGCACCCAGGGGGGACAUGUCCUCUCACCCGGGAAUGUGACCUUGUUUGGUUCUGUUUCUUUUUUUUCCUAAAGGGAAGGCCCACUGAAAUUCUUUAUUUACAAAUAAUAAAUUAUUAUAACUUUAAUUCCUACGUGGUCA